AUGUUGGCUAAUAAUAUCACGUCAACCCAUCCGGUGGCCUUCCUGUUGAUGGGGAUCCCAGGACUAGAGCACUUACACGUUUGGAUCUCUAUCCCCUUCUGCUCAGCCUACACCUUGGCCGUGAUUGGCAACUGCACCCUUCUUUUCAUCAUCCGGGUUGAUGCAGCCCUCCACGAGCCCAUGUACCUCUUUCUGGCCAUGCUAGCAGCAAUAGAUCUGGUCCUUUCCUCUUCAACACUGCCCAAAAUGCUUGCCCUGUUUUGGUUCAGGGAUCGAGAGAUCAGUUUCUAUGCCUGCCUUGUCCAAAUGUUCUUUCUCCACUCCUUUGCUAUCAUGGAGUCAGCAAUGCUGUUGGCCAUGGCCUUUGACCGUUAUGUCGCCAUCUGCAAACCCCUGCACUAUGCCACAGUCCUGACCAAGCCCCUCAUCGUCAACAUUGGCUUGGCCGCGGUGACUCGGGCUGUGGCACUGAUGACUCCGCUGCCCUUCCUGCUCAGACGCUUCCACUACUGUCGAGGCACAGUGGUCGCCCACUGCUACUGUGAGCACAUGGCUGUGGUAAGGCUGGCAUGCGGGGACACACGCUUCAACAACAUCUAUGGCAUCACCGUGGCCAUGUUUAUCGUGGUGCUGGACCUGCUCUUUGUUACCUUGUCUUAUGUCUUCAUCCUUCGUGCUGUCCUCCAGCUUGCCUCCCAGGAGGCCCGCUACAAGGCCUUUGGGACAUGUGUGUCUCACAUAGGCGCCAUCUUAGCCUUCUACACACCUGUGGUCAUCUCGUCGGUCAUGCACCGUGUAGCUCGCCAGGCUGCUCCUCAUGUCCACAUACUCCUUGCUAAUUUCUAUCUGCUCUUUCCACCCAUGGUCAACCCUAUCAUCUAUGGUGUCAAGACCAAGCAGAUUCGAGAGCGAGUCUUAGGACUCUUCCUCAGAAAGAAUGUAAAAGGAGACUGA